AUGGCGUCGUCUGGUGGGAGGAAAAAGAGGGAGAGAAGGGUUUUCCCUACGGAGAGGAGGAACCGGCCUGUGGAAAAGAGGUGCUGGUCCCAGGUGGGAAUGGAAACGCUAGGAGCUCAGGAUCUCAAUCUCGGACCCGGAUGCGAAUUCACGCAGGUGGUGAUCCACGAACUGGGCCACGCGGUGGGCUUCUUCCACGAGCAGUCCCGCUCGGACCGGGACUCGAGCGUCCUCAUCCUCUGGGAGAACGUCCCGAGAGACACGUACAGCCAGUUCACGCACACCUACGACAUCAACUACGACGUCCCGUACGACGUCACCUCCGUCAUGCAGUACUCGCAGAGUGCGUUCAGCCCGGACCCGUACGAGAAGAACACCAUCGUGACGCUGGACCCGCACAUGCAGCUCCGGAUGGGCAACAAGCAGCUCAGCUUCCGGGACCGCAAGCUGGCCAACCUGAUGUACACCUGCUCCGACUCGUGCCCCAACAUUGUAGACCUGAAGUGCGAGAACGAGGGCUUCCUGUUCAAAGCCGCCACGGCCCCGGCAAGCGAGCCUUGCACGUGCGUCUGUCCUCACAACAGCCAGGGGGAACGCUGCGAAGAUCUCACUGAGAGCUACUACGGCGUCCCAUCGUGCGGCGGUAACAUCACGAGCGAGGGGACCUUCGAGACCCCCGGCUUCCCCAACAGGGACGUGAACUACGAGAGCUGCACCUGGUGGAUACAGGCUCCCGAAGGCCAAGUGGCACAACUGACGUUCGACGAGUUCAGCUUCGCGUCCAGGCUGGACGCACCAUCCAACAAAUACGACGGAAAAUGCGUCUACGAGAGAGUCGAGGUCCGGCUGCGAGACCGCUACCGCGGAGAAAUGUACUGCGGCACCGACAUCAAGCCAGGACAGCAGAUGAGCUCGAGGACAUCGGACGCCGUGAUCAUUGUGAGCCGCAAGCGGAGCGUGGAGGGCAAGGGACUCAGGGCGACGGUUCAUUUCGUGCACAAAAACGUUUCAGGGAUGGUCGACGGCAUUCAGAACAUCGUGAGCGGCGCCAUCAGCAGCGCGAGCAACCUGGUGAGCGCGCAGAUGACCGGCAAGUAA